AUGGAGAUUGGGUCAAUCCUGAAUCGGCAGUCUGGCCUGGAUCGAGAUCUUCUGCAGCGACGCUUCCCGGUUGUCAGUGCCCAUAGUGCUCUAGGAACGCCUUUACCCCGUGUUGAAAAAUCCAGUUCGAGAGAACAGAAAUCACGAAGGCAUUCACGGCCAUCACUCUUAGAAUACAGCAGAGAUCCCCGCAGCAGGCUGGCAUUGAAAGGCAGGAUGCUAGGCUCAGGUGACAAUGCUGCAACCGCAGGUCGGCCUCUGAGGACGUUCAGUCCUAAUGCUUCAUUGGUUCUGGUUGGCAUUCGUGGUUGCGGCAAACGGUCUCUGGGUUUUAUUGCGGCCACUGCCUUAGGUCGGAGGUUCGUUACAGAAGACCACUUCUUCCAGGAGCUUACAGGGCUGUCUCGUCAGGACUACCUCAGACACCACGGGAAUCAAGAGUUUCACAAACGUGAUAUCGAAGUAUCGAGGCGAAUGCUGAACGAAAACAGAACGAAGUGUGUCAUCGAAUGCGGGCUAGGGAGUCUCACCACCAGGGUUCAGCAACACUUAAAAGAAUAUUCAAUGACGAAUCCAGUAGUCUAUCUGGUGCGUGAUAUGGCUGUGAUCCACCAGCUCCUGAAACUCGAAGAUCGUGCAGCACGGUUGCUGGAAAACGGUGAUCCCACACAUCGGAACUGCUCGAACUUCGAAUUCUACAAUCUCGAAGACGAUACGAAACAUGAAAAAGCUGCAGGAGCAGUCCUUGAUCGUCGCUCUCCAACCUACGCUUUCAAGCUGAAAGAUGUGAAAGAGGAUUUUACCUACUUCGUGCGUUUCAUUACUGGUGCCAGCACGUAUAAAUCGAGCUAUGAUUCACCAUUUUCCCUGCUUGAGAUGCCAGUAGACCUUCGGCUUUUUACACACGCGGUAUACCUCCGCUUCUCGGAGCUUGAAGAAGGUCUGGUCGAUCUUGGCCAGCUCGAAUCCGCAGGUGAUGCAAUCGAGCUCUGCGUCGACCAGUGGACAACAGAAACGCUGAAGAGUAUGAGUCGGCGUGUUGCCGAGAUCAGACGACAGAUGGGUGUUGCAAUCAUCAUCUCCGUUGACCGUCAGGUGAUCACCAGUGCUGAAACCUGCACCAAGGUGCUUGAGCAUGGGUUCAGGCUCGGUGUGGAAUUCGUCAACGUCGAUUUAGCAUCGAAUGAUAGCUUCAUUACAAGAUUGGUGGCAAGCAAAGGAUUUACAAGACUCAUUGGUAGCUCCGUUGAGCUCGGCCAUCAAUCUCCGAGGUGGGACGAUGAGACAUGGUUUGCCCGCUUUGAGCGAGCGGAAAUGCUUGGCUGUGACAUUGUUCGCCUACUGAAAGAGGCAACGACUCGGGAAGACAAUGAAAUCCUGAGGCGGUUCACAGAAGCAAUCAGGAGCCGAAAUGGCAUGUCUCCAGCUCUGAUUGCCUAUAACGUUGGUGCUCUUGGCCGAACAUCCCAGCUUUUCAAUCCAAUCCUUACCGCUGUCACACACCCGGCCAUUCAAAGAAAGGUCCACGGCUCAUCUGAUGUACCAACUAUCACAUCUCGAGAUGCUGUUCAAGCAUUGUUUCAGAGCUUCGUUCUGGACCCUCUUCAUUUCUACAUCCUCGGAGCAAACGUAUCUUAUAGUCUUUCUCCAGCUAUGCAUAAUGCAGCAUAUCGAUACCUAGGCAUGAAUCAUGACUACCAAACACGAGUCAUGUCUUCGCUUGUAGAGCUCGACACUCUGUCCCAAGAUCCACAUUUCGGUGGAGCCAGUAUAGUACAACCGUGGAAGGUGAUCCUCGUUGAUCAGCUAGCAUCAAAGUCUCGUCAUGCUGAAGCCAUCGGGGCAGUGAAUACGCUCUUACCUCUCCGCGCGCAAGCAGACGGAACCAUUUUCUCACUACAGAAUCAAGCUAGCCAGAGAAAUCGUGCCGGAAGAGUCGCAGCGUGGUACGGCGAUAACACGGACUGGAUCGGAAUCAUGGUCUGCCUGAAUCGAAAUAUAUCUCCUCGAAAUGUUAUCAGACCCCUCAAAACCACUGGCCUUGUGAUUGGCGCUGGUGGAAUGGCACGUGCUGCAAUCUAUGCCAUGCUUCGUCUCGGUUGUCGAAAGAUAAUCGUUCAUAAUCGAACGGUGGGAAAUGCUCACAUAGUCGCUCAGCACUUCAAUUCUUGGGUAUCAUCCGCAAAUAGCGGUCAGCCAGGCGAACAAGUUGUCUCCGUCCUUCCCUCUCGACACGACCCAUGGCCAGCAAACUUUGCUCCACCCACUCUAAUUGUCUCCUGCGUCCCUACGCAUAGCAUUAACAAUCAGCCUCCAGCCAACUUUGAAAUGCCUGAGCAGUGGUUGCAGUCUUCGUCUGGAGGAGUGGUGAUGGAAAUGGCAUACAAUCCUCUUAUCACACCAUUGCUCAGGCAGAUUGGGCGCUUCAGAAACAGGACCGGUAGACCAUGGGUUAUCGUGGACGGUCUGGAGGUAUUGCCAGAACAAGCUAUCGCCCAGUUCGAGCUCAUGACAGGACGGAAGGCACCACGCGGCGUCAUGAGGAAGGAAGUCUUGCACAGAAUUCGAGAUGGCGAUCGAGAAAUCGGACCAAGCUGA